AUGUCAACAAGAUCAAAUUCAAAAAUCAAAGUCCCGUCACCUCCGGUACAAAAACGUGUCGAAAACUCAUGGAUCUUGCUCGUAAAAGAUUCAUUGCUAGAGAAUAAUAACUUUAAUAUUGUCACAUUACCGCAUCCUGCUGGUGGAAAACCUGUAAAGUACUGCUUAGAUAAUAAAAAUAAAAAGAUCUAUGAAAUAAUUUCAUAUGAUGAACCUUAUAGAUCAUGGUUUAUUGGAGAAACAGUUAAAUCUGAUGGCAGCGUUCAGAUGUGUACACUUGUCAACCCUAUAUUUUUAGUAUUGCCAAAGUUAAAAGAACAAUGUAGCAGUAGAGCGGUACCAUUAGAAGACUUGUUGUCUGAAAAAGGAUAUGAUAAAAUCCUUGAUUUUGUUCCCAGUUUAGACAGUAUAGCUGACUUGAAGGGUUCACAAGAAUUAAAAGCAUAUAAAUACAAUGAAGAGAAGACCAUGUCCUGGUUAGAGGAUAGAGUCCGCAAAGUUUCAAAAGUAUUGAGGCAGAAAAAUAUCCAUGUUACACCUGGAGCUACUUCUGCCACUUUUGUGACCAGCAGUAUCAGUAAUGAUAAUGUUGAUGAAGAAUUCUUCUUAAAAUAUGCCUUUGAAUUAAUAUCUGGGUAUCUGCAAGAAGAUAUGGUACAAAAAUUAGAAAAAAUAUUCAACUUCAAGCCGGACUUGAUUGAAACAAUUGGUAACAAACGCAAAUCAGAGGUGGAUAGUAAUGGAAUAAAUAAGAAAAUGAAACUUGAAGAUGGGGAUGAUAAGUCUAAGAUAAAAAUGGAAGUUACUCCGGACAAGAACAUGAAUGGAGUUAAAAAAGAAAAAUCACUGACAGCCAAAGAAAAGGCUAUGCAAAAAGCAGCUAGUGGCUCAAAGACGAUAUCAUCAUUUUUCAAAAAGAAAUAA